AUGCUCACGCCAGAGCUUACACCCUCCCCAUCCGUUGCCUCGUCUCCGUCUUUCCCGUCAACACCAGACCCUCGUCCGCUGGAUCUUGUCAUAGCCAGCUACAAUGAGUGCUUGACAUGGCUAUCGACCUACUCGAGCCUCGCAACUGUUUACAGCAAGGGCGAACUUCCUCCAGAUCCGUCAAUCUUCCGAGAAGUUAAGGCGCUGCCCAACUGGGGUCGAGAGUCCCAUACCUAUCUCCACCACAUCGUACACAACUACGACAACCUUGCGGAGGUGACGCUGUUUCUGCAGGGCAACAUCCAUGACACGAAUGAUGGCACGCCGGCGCACACAGACCUCACGUUGGACGAGAUCGUGGGAAUGGCCAAACGACUGACCGAUUUGCCUGACGUUCUCGGCCAAACUCCUCAGGGCGUUUUACCGCUGGGCAAGGUAAACUCCUUCGCGGACUGGGACGGUGUCAAAUACCUACCAGGCUGGAUCGAGAGACGCGGCAAGGGACUUCGCCGGAGCCAAUAUUCGCCAGCGCAAUUUUGGAACCACAUCGUCAACGGUACCGCGGACGAGAUGGAUCCCCACUGGACUCCUCCGCCGGCCGAGAUCAAAUGGACGCAGGGAGCCUUAUUCGCGGUAACCAGACAGACGAUUCAACGGCAUCCCAUCACGGUCUAUGAACGAGCAUACAACUACUUUCACUCGCUGGCAGACGUUAAUCCGGAAGAAGGCCACUAUAUGGAACGUUUCUGGUUGGGCCUCUUCAGCUAUCCAGGAAGAGAUGGACCACGGAAUGGAUGGGGCUUACGUUCCCUCUUUCUGUGA